AGGCUUGAAUUUAAAGUCUGAUUCGAUUUAUUGUUGAACUAGGACAUUUAAUAGCAGCUGAAAUGACGUUGAUGACAAUAGCAUUAUAUUCAAUGCGGACUAUCUAAACCUUGGUCAUGUAAGCUAUCGACCCAAUCUUAGGCAAGUGUAUGUUAAAGUGGUCGAACAAAAUAUAUAUCCUUAUCAUGUGACUGCAACAAAAGUUUUUCUUAUUUCAUGUUGAUGUCUAGGAAUUAAGAUGCCCGGUUACAACUCGUCUGAAACGGAGAGUUCCAGUUCCGGGUCCGGAAGAAUGGAACGGAUCCGGCCGGAGAAAACGCCUCGGCAAAGAGUGCAGUCUGUUUGGCGUAAUGUUCGCUGGGCGGAGUCAUUUCCGGACGAAUCUCUCAGCAUGGAAUCUUCGGAGUUAACCCCAAACUUUGCCUUAAGGAGGAUAGUAUUACUUUUCGAGACCAAAAAGUUCGACGAAUGCGCCACUCUCAUUCGUCGGUUAAAUUGCGUUACUUUUGGAAAUAUUCUUCAGGAAGUUCCGAUGGAGGUCCUGCUCGAUUCCAUGCCUUUCAGUCUUUCUAUUCUGGAGGCCCUCUAUGUCAAACUCUAUGAGACCACCCUGGAGACGUACCCCAAGGAACAUCUGCACAUGGACCUCCUCGUCAAAAGGAUGGUGGCUUGUUUCGCCAGAAUGUCCCAAUCUGGUAACAGAGCUGAGAAAAAUUGUAACAGCUUCUAUCCUUCGUGUAGGAAUAUCUUACGUGUUGUUUCUUACGUUGAACCAAAUGUAAAACAACAGCUAAAACAGAAAAAGAAGGCUUUAGACAGGUGUUUAAAACACAUGGGGCAGCAUGGACUCGUGGAAUCGUCCUGCGGAAGCCUGAUGAACCUUCACGAUGCUUUAAAAAUGGAAUUAGAUAAAAUUGUCUUUCAGUACCGGAACGCCUUACAAAAACUGGAUGAGCUCAGUCUAUCAGCAAAACAUCCGACCAGCAGUUCGGUCACUUCCGGUAAAGCUCCUACCGAGGUUAGCCACCAAAGACUCGUACAAAUGACAAGAGCAGACGUUCAAAGCAGGAUUAUUAAAAACAAAACCUUAUUCAACAUUGUAGAACCCGCAGUGACAAAUCAGUGCUUGAAAAAGUUAUUCCAUAUUUUAGAAAAACGGAUUGAGUACGAUAAAAUUGCUUUGUUUCAUGACACCGAGCUUCGCAAACACUGUGAUAAUAUUUCUGAGGAGGCUUAUUUGUCUGUUAUUAUGAAGCAGUUUUCUCAAGGAUACAGUAUAGUUCUGCAGCUCCUGAAGGAGGUGUCCGAAAUUGAUGAGGUCACGUCUGAGGAUGAUGACGUAGGUAUGAUCUCCAGUGAUGAAGACAUUAUGACGCCAAUCACACGGAUGGACCGAUCCAGGACAUUCAAUGGAUUCACGCAUAUUUUACCCCACAAAGCAAAUGGGGGCAGUACAGGCCGUAAACUUCCGGGCAUGCGUGGACGGCUUCGUCCUUCAAUCAUUUCCAGUCCAUUUCCAUGUAAACCUGUAACUGCUGGAUCAAACGGCCUGACGAAUGGUCACGCGACAGUUACCGCAUCACCGCUGUCUUCCCUUACGUCCGUCUUCCUAACCAAUGGUAGCCGCCAUAGUAAUGGACAUACGGACACCGUAGAGAAACUUGAACAGGAAGUGAAAGCUUUAAAGUCUGAGCUACAGAAAAGUCAAGAAGCAAUCAAGAAACUACAGGAAAGGGAGAGACAACUCCUAGAAAGAACGCCAUUGGAUGUUCACAGUCAUUAUAACGGAGGUUUAAACAGCCAUUUUGAUGAGUUGUCGGUGACAAGCCGAGCCUCAGAACUUAUAAGGCAGUACGGAGAUCUCUAUAGUAUUACCCGUCUGGAAACGCUGGACGCUCUAGAUGCAAUAGGACAACUCAGUGACCUCUCUGUACUUAAAGAAAAGAUUCUUUUCUCGGUAGUUGUGUUGUCCUUUCGUGGAGCUCAGCAAGCUGUCCAUGAGCUGAGGGGAAAAGUUCGACAUUUACUAAAUCUUCCACAUCCGGAUGCACAGAGGAACCAUUUUGAUCCUUUAUCGAAUCACAUGGAGACACAAGUUGCUCAAUACCUCUGCAAAACAGCUGGGAACUUUGACGUUUCAAAAACAAUUGAAGAAGUUUGCUCACAGAUCUACGCAACAUUGUAUGACUAUCCCGUUUUGAAAGACUGUCAAGGAUUAAGACAUUACGUCACUUCCUGUGUUCAGAUUGCGUGGGGACUGUCCGUGCAAAAUCCACCCUUCCUCAUUAUUUACGAUGCACGACAGUUUCAUCCUGAUAUGCAUACCCGACAUCAUUCUUCAAGUCCCGAGUCUGAGGAAAUUAAAAACUUUUUGUGGCCUGCUCUUACUGAGGGAUAUGGGGGUCCGUGUGUUUAUAAAGGAGUUGUGAUCACGUGACAACCAGUUCUAUCGAAGGAAUCCCAGAAGUUGAAACAACUGCAACAUAAAUUUGAAAUAGAUGAAGUGCAAAUAAGAUAUGAAGUGCAAAUAAGAUAGGCUUGCUGUAUAAGAUUAAACGUUGUGUAUCCCUCGGUACGAAAAAGAACUAUUCAACAUUCGGUUUAAUUAUAAUUAUUUUUUUGAACAAAUUUACUCACAUCCAUUGUUGGGUAUAAAUUUAGUGCAGAACAUCUCGCACGACUCUUCGGGUACCAAAUCUGAUUCAACUUUGAUUCGUAUAUAUUUUGCACUUGAGCAUUGACACAGAUCAGUUACAGGAACAUAAUAUACAACUUAGGUACUACCGCUAUACAGCUAUAUUACCUUUAUAUUAUUUUCCAAAAAUGUAACAGCACUUUGCGGAAACGUUAAAACGAAUUAGUUAAAAAUUUGCGGAAAUGAAAUCUGCCGAGCCACUGCCGGAAUAUACAACGUUUAUGAUAUAAAUGCUUUCAUUUUCAACAUUGAAAUAUGUACUAAGUGCUAUGAAUAAAAACAGAAAGCUACUUUAAAACUGGAUGGAAUUUUGCAAUAGCCAGCUUGAUAAAGAAAGAAUGAAAUGGGAAUUUAUUUUUUAUGCAUAAGUUAAUAUUUUCAAAGAAAAUCCUGCAUUUAUGUACAAUGUACUUUAUAGCAUUUACAUGUCAAUCGUGAGGCCAGAAAGUAUCACGAACAUCAGCCACAUCUUCCAAGCAUUUAUUUUUUGUAAAAGCUUAAAAUUGCUUUGUUCAUAUGUACUGUUUGAUUCUAAUUUAUACCUGUAAACAUUUACUUUAUCAAAACA